AUGCCAGUACUUACCACUGAUGCUGAGUCAGAAACAGGUAUCCCAAAAUCCCUUUCCAAUGAGCCUCCCUCAGAAACCAUGGAGGAAAUAGAGCACACAUGCCCACAGCCUCGACUGACCCUGACUGCACCUGCCCCAUUUGCAGAUGAAACCAGCUGCCAGUGCCAAGCACCCCAUGAAAAACUGACCAUUGCUCAGGCCCGCUUAGGAACACCAGUUGACAGGCCUGUCCGAGUAUAUGCAGAUGGAAUAUUUGACCUCUUCCACUCAGGUCACGCAAGGGCACUUAUGCAAGCAAAAACGCUGUUUCCCAAUAGCUACUUGCUGGUAGGAGUUUGCAGUGAUGAUCUUACCCACAAAUUCAAAGGGUUCACCGUGAUGAACGAAGCAGAGAGAUAUGAAGCUCUCAGACACUGUCGCUAUGUGGACGAAGUCAUCAGAGAUGCUCCAUGGACCCUCACACCAGAGUUUCUGGAAAAACACAAGAUUGACUUUGUGGCUCAUGAUGACAUUCCAUAUUCUUCUGCUGGCUCUGAUGAUGUUUACAAGCAUAUAAAGGAAGCAGGAAUGUUUGUUCCAACACAAAGAACAGAAGGCAUCUCAACAUCAGACAUCAUCACCAGAAUUGUCCGUGACUAUGAUGUUUAUGCCAGACGCAACCUCCAGAGAGGGUACACAGCCAAGGAACUGAAUGUCAGCUUUAUAAACGAGAAGAAGUAUCGUUUCCAGAACCAGGUAGACAAGAUGAAGGAAAAGGUCAAGAACGUGGAGGAAAGAUCAAAGGAAUUUGUGAACAGAGUGGAAGAAAAGAGCCAUGAUCUAAUUCAAAAGUGGGAAGAGAAGUCGAGGGAAUUCAUCGGCAACUUUCUAGAACUAUUUGGACCUGAUGGAGCAUGGAAGCAGAUGUUCCAGGAGAGGAGCAGCCGGAUGCUACAGGCCUUAUCCCCGAAGCAGAGCCCCGUGAGCAGCCCGACCAGGAGCCGUUCCCCUUCCCGUUCCCCAUCACCCACCUUCUCGUGGCUCCCCAUCAAAACCUCUCCCCCCUCCUCGCCCAAAGCAGCCUCAGCCUCCAUCAGCAGCCUGAGUGAGGGGGACGAGGACGAGAAGUAA